CAAGAUUUACUGAUCCGGACCUGUCGAGUGGAAUUUUCUGAGGACUGCUCUUCAAAACAUAGACAAGAGUUUGUAUCUGCGCUUAGCCUUCAUCAAGCCACCAGAUCACCAAAGAACUCCAUGCCGGUCCAAAGUCAGACACUUCAUCCAUCGUUCUAAGCACACAUCUCUUGCGAACACAGACCGUAACAAUUUGAUACAACACACACAUCUUCUUGGAAAUGCCCAACAUGGAUGCCAUAUCACCAGCAAUCUUGCUCCUGAAUCUGCCACCCUCGGCUUUGGGUGGCAUGGAUUUGCUUUCCUUCACCACAACGCCAAAAUUCAAAGGCAUCAAGAACAUCCCUUCUGGUCUUCAUUUCGUCUUCGUCGGCUCGACAAGCACCCUAUCUGUCCGCCACGGCGUCUGGAUCAAAGUAAACGCGCCUUCUUCUUCUAGUCCGCCGGACUUCUUCAUUCGAAAAUGGGACUCAAGUAGCGAAGAAUUGAUAGCAGAAACCGACGUGACUACACUGUUACAGCAGCGUGCCAAUUUGGGCAAGAUCUGGAGAGACAACUUGACACCGUAUCGGCAGAGCGCUUCACAAGAUACUACGGCGGUAGAAGACUCAAAUCGUUGGGUGCAACUGACAGACUGCAUCUCUGAAUCGCUUCUAACCCGCGUGUUGGAUGCAGAUACUGAGACCUGGACUCUCACAUCUUCCAGCAGCGCGAAGCAAGACUUCGACGAAAUUCCAGGCCUCUCUGCAUCCGACCUCACCGGAAAUGAGCGUGAGCUGCAUCUUCUGUCUGUAGACCUCAGGAAAACAUGGCGUCAGGGAGCCACUGGUCGUGAGAGGACAGAAGCCGCACAGGAUCGCUCGUGGGCCCUUGCAGAUCUCACCACUCGUUUCUGUAAUGACGAUAUGAAUCAAAUCAUCGGCGAGCUACAAUUCUGUUUCGCCAUGGUAUUGACUCUGAAUAAUUACUCUUGUCUGGAGCAAUGGCGCAGAAUACUUGACCUUAUUCUCACUUGCGUCAGUGCCGUCACCACGCAUCCAUCCUUCUUCGUUCGAGCACUCGCAACAGUAAAGCUUCAACUGCAACACGGCCAGGACGUUGAGACAGGGCUGUUUGAUCUCAGCGACGACGGCGCAACGUUCCUCAAGUCAUUGCUUCUGCGCUUCAAGAAAGCUCUUGACCGCCUACCGGGUAGCGCACACGCCGAUGUCAUAGACGAGCUAGACGAUCUACUCGCCUACACGCAAGAAACCCUAGGCUGGCAGAUACAACAAGGGUCUUUCGCACGAACCGGCAUGCUCAGUCUCGAAGAUGGCGAAGAAGUCGAAAUGGACAAUACUGCUUUCGACGAAGAUGACGAGGCCGGCGAGUACGCACCUACCAUCGUUGAGUUGUCUGCCGAGCAAAUGGAGCUUCUGGGCAUUGAGUCGAUACAACAAGUAAUGAACGGUAACAAAACACCUAACCUACGAGACCGUAUACAGAAAGAUCAGACGGACGCUGGACGGGACGGAUACCAAUACGAGGUUCAGAGCGACGAGGAGUCUGAGAAAGGAUUACCAGCAUUUGAUGAAGACGAGGAGGAAGAGCUAGACCUGGAAGACAUGGAUGCGCGAUACUGAGCUCGACAUGUUUACAAAAACAUGUCCUCAGGACGCGAUACCAGCAGAUACAUGCUGCGCACUAAGAUCUGGCAGCAUAAAGAUCAACAAGAGGCCGCAGCCCUCAUCAGCGAACCGCGCCAUCCAAGUAUUCUUGUCCUAGAGAUAUCUCGGAAGGAGUCAGCAAAAACGGCUUUGACCCGCACCGAAGCAGUCGUGGCCUUGAGCAGACGGUCUUCGCUACAGCUCGAAUUCGAACAGGGAGGCCAGCGACCACUUAUUUGCUCUCAUACAGAGCGCGCAUAUUGCGGGUCAGUAUGUCGGGGUCCUCGAGAGCGAUCAGACCAAAAAGAUACAGAGUGAUUGACAGCAUUGGCAUGUUGUUUUUGAUUGACUUGGAGAGCGAGAAGAAAUCGAAAGAAUGGAGUAGUGACAUCUCCAGUUUAGCAUUAACGUUACUCUACUGUAAUAGACGAACUGUUCAGCGUGAC